UAGCUGAGUGGUGCAUUAGAUAGGCAGCGUGUUUCAGUGACAACAGAGAUUGCUAGAAAUAUAUAGAUUUAUCGCAAGUAAAAAAAAAUACAAGGGUUCGAUACUAUUUUGAUCGUGUUUUGCAAUUGCUUUGAAUGGGUCAGCGGGCAGCCGUGAACUCGGAAGGGAUGGGAUGAACACCGUGGCUCAGACAAGGACUGCUGGCUCUUGUUUGUUCUACAAGAUUCCGCUCACUGAGCAGUGGAUGGGCGAAGGAUGGAGGCGGUGAAUGGGACUCCUGAAAUUCGCCAGCAACAGCCGGCGGAGAAGAAGAAAGUGCAUCGAGCGCCGUCUCCGGCCAGACCCAAAGCGCUGAUCCGCGGCUGGUCGGUGGCGAAGUCCAAGUGUAGCCCAGGGGGCUCGAAGCAGGGGCUCGCCCAGUGCCGCCUGUCCCGGCACAGCCCCGGCCUCAAGGACAUCAAGCUGGGCAAGUCGCCGGCAAGCAAGGCGGUGGGGGUAGGGUCGGCCGGGGCGUCGCCAGGGUCCCGAGCCGGGAAGGGGGAGCCGCGGAGCAAGAAGUCGGAGCGGGCAGGGGGCGCGGGCGGCACUACGGGCAAGAGGAAGAACCCUCGGGCCGGCGAUGGGCCGCGAGCCCCGGGCAAGCGCUCGCCCGCCACCGACAGUAGCUCGGAGCUGUCCGAUUGCCCGUCCGAACCGCUGUCCGAGGACAACAAGCCGCCGUCCGCCGCCGACACCAGCGACAGCGAGUCGGCCAGGGGCGCCGGCGGCUCCGAGCCCCCACUAUCCCGCCGAGGAGCUUGCUCGCCGAAUCAGGACGAUCGGAGCUGGCCCGGUGAGGACGGCUCAUUGGCUUCGGCCAGCGGCCAGUCAGACGGACCAUGCGGGACCAAAUCACCGUCGCUGGAUAGUCGGCUCCAUGUCAGCAACUCGUUGGGCUUUUCUGAUUUCAGCGAAGAAUUUGUUGACAGCAUCCAGGAGGAAUUCGUGAAGGAAAUCGACGAGUUGCGGUCUGAGAACGAUUACCUGAAGGAUGAAAUUGAAGAACUUCGAGCUGAGAUGUUGGAAAUGAGGGAUAUCUAUUUGGAAGAAGAUGUGUAUCAGCUGCAGGAACUGCGUCAAGAACUAGACAGAGCGAAUAAAACAUGUCGGAUCCUUCAAUAUAGACUACGAAAGACUGAGCGAAGAAGCCUCAGAGCAGCUCAAACAGGCCAAGUUGAUGGAGAACUAAUCCGAAGUUUAGAACAAGAUGUAAAGGUUUCAAAAGACGUUUCUGUAAGGCUUCACAAUGAGCUGGAAGCUAUUGAGAAGAAAAGAGUAAAGCUGGAAGGAGAAAAUGAAGAUCUUCGACAGAAACUAAUUGAAAUGGACAUUUCCAAGCAGGUGUUGCAGAGUGAAAUGGACAAAAUGAAAGAGAAUUCUUUGAAGAAGAGAAAUAGCCGUGUCACCACAAAACAAGAAAAGAAACCCUUGCCACAGGAGGAUAGUGCUGACCUGAAGUGCCAGCUCCAUUUUGCGAAGGAAGAAGCUGCUGUGAUGUGUAAAAAGCUGACCAAAUUAGUAAAGGAGAAUGAAAACAUGAGAGAGGAACUGGUGAAGUACAACUCUCUCUAUGGUGAUUUAGAUAACUCAGUGUCUGUUGCUGAUAUUGGGGAGUCUCCUCAUGUGAGAGAAGCCGAACUAAAGCUCCAUCUAAAGUUGGUUGAGGAGGAAGCCAACAUUUUAAGCCGAAGGAUAGUUGAACUUGAGGUGGAAAAUCGUGGACUCAAAGCUGAAAUGGAUGAGAUGAAAGGUCACUGUGAGAAAGAACCCUUAGGCCAGGACAUUAGACUGGGAAUCACCUGCACAAGCUAUGGCGAGUUUGGGGAGAACAUUGGAGAACUUCGGCGUCAACUUCAGUUUGUUGAAGAGGAGGCAGAACUCCUGAGGCGAUCCUUGAUUGAGUUAGAAGACCAAAAUAAACACCUCAUGAAUGAACUAAACCAUUACAAAAGUGAGUGUAAUCAAGAGUCAGCGUGGUCAGACAGUUGUCCAUCAUUGAACGAGCCUUCCCAAGAAGAGCUCGUAUCAGCAAGACACCAGAUCACUGACCUCAACGGGAAAGUAAAAAAACUGGAAUAUGAAAAUCGUGUGCUCGUUUCAAACCUUCAGCGUUACGACCUGGCAUCUUACCAGUGCCAAAAGUGCUGCAAAGAAUUUGAUACAGAGGCUAGUGACUCUUUAAAUAUCUCUUCAUCGCAGCCCAGAAGAGAAGUACCAGUAGGAGGAGAAAAUGAUUUGAAGGAAACUCAAGAGAGAACCUCUGGAAGUGGGAGCAGCAGAACUGCUGAUAAUGAUGACUUCACUGGUCGACUGGGAACAAAAGAUCUUGAAAUUCUGUUUGGUAUUAAAGAUCAAGCUGAACUUGUUAGCGAGGUAAUUGAUCUAUUAAUCUCAGACACAAGUGGAAUUGUUUCUGAUGCCAGGCUUAGUUCAGCCAUUGAUACACCAACACAGUCCUUCAAGGAGAACAGCGAGGAAGCUACCAACAUCAGCGAUCCUAAUUUAAUGAGCAGCAUUAACUCAAGGCUUCUUGGCUUAAAGACCGAGUUGGCGUCUGUUACAGAGAAAAUUGAUAGGCUCAGUGAAAACAUCAGAGAAGAAAGUAGGAGUUUGUCCCCUUUACCCCAUCUGACAGAGUCAGCGAGUUUCUUGUCUACUUUGACUUCAAUGUCUCAGGACUUGCCCAUGGAUUCUGUAGGAAAAGAAUUUUCGGCUGAUCUAAAGCAACCUGAAUUUAGGGACCAAGUGGACUGGCAGCAAGACGAGAGUCAAACCUUGGAGAACUGUGGAACUAACACUAAGGAAUAUCGGGAAAGCAACAAGGAUUAUAACAUCUAUAGCCGUGAAGAAAGCGACUCUUAUGCUACAGAGGUUAAAGAACUCCAACUUGAUCUAUCUGAAGCUAAGGAAACCAUCCGAGGACUGCAGGGGCAGCUUGCUCAGGAAAGGGAGCUUCGAAAUGAGGAUGCAGAAAGAUUUCAACAGAAAAUGUCACAGCUUAAGGAGGAGCAACAAAAGGCACUUGUGCGAAGAGAUUUUGAGCUGCAGAGCCUGAAUUUACAGACCAAACUUGAGCAGAAAUUCUGGAGCCAAGAGAAAAACAUGUUUGUGAAAGAAGCUGAUCAGUUCAAGCAAAACCUCUUCCUGCUUUAUAUGAAGCUGAAAUGGUUCUUGAAACACUGGAAAUGUGGCAAGAAGAUGGAUAAUGAUGGGGAUGAUUUACUAGAGGUUAACAGUGUAAAGGAUUUAUAUUUGCUGAUUGAAGAAGAGGAGCUGACCCCUCGCCAAGUGGACAAUAAGACAGUGACAACGAAUGAUCAGUCUCAGAAAACCUUGGAGGGAGCUUUGACUCUCCCAGUGGAAAAAUCUGUCCUUGCAUCACAUCCAAAGCAGUCAAAUGAAUACAGCAGAGUUGUCGGAGACAUUAAAAUGAUUUUAAAGGACCUGUGCACAGAAUUGAAAGAGGAAAGAAGGAGAACCAAUGAGCUUCAGCUUCAAUUUGCAAAUGCCAAAUCAGCCUGGGAAGUAGAAAGGGUGGAACUCAAGAGUCGUGUUGCACAGCUGGAAGGUAGGGCUGGGAAACUGGCUUCUGAGAAGGCUCCUAGUGAUCUGAAGGCCACCCUGAAGUGGGAGAGGGAAGAACAUCAGCAGCUACUUGCGGAGUCGUACAGUGCAGUCAUGGACCUAACGCAGCAGCUUCAAAUCAGUGAGAAGAACUGGAGUCAGGAAAAGUUGGAGCUUCUUGAUCGAUUUAACAAUGAACGGAGCCACAGUGAACAGCGUCUGAAGGAAAUGCAACACAAGAUCAAUCAGAUGUUGCAGCAUAAAAACAGCAUAAAGGAAACUUCUGAUGCAUUGGAGGCAAAGGGAACUAAUUUACAACGAGCCAAGUCAGUUUCGUCAAUGUCUGAGUUUGAGAGCUUGCUCGAUUCAUCUCCAUAUUUACCACCCACACCAAAAAGCUUAAAGAAUCUGGAGGAGUUGAACAAAAAGAAUCGGAAGCACACAACUAGUGAUGGCGAUUCCUUAUAUGAGAAAUCGGAGGUCAAGCUAAUAAAGCAAUCAAAAACAGAAAUGCCUGUAAUUUCAUCCUGGGACUUCACCACAGCUAGCAACCUGGUUAAUCCACAACUCAACAAAAAACAGAUGCAGAGGAGUUACACAGCACCAGACAGAACAGGCAUUCGGAUUUACUACAGUCCACCGGUCGUGCGCAGGAUGGAUGGCUCUUUGGUUCAAAACAAUGAAGGGAAAAUUAUGAUUGAGCCCGGUUUCCUGUUCACCAUGGCAAAACCCAGACAAACGGGUAGUUCAGACCUCGGCUCAGAGAAUGUGUGCAAAAAGUGGUUUAACAACUUUUCCAAGCACCAGGACCUCCUGAAAAAUGGCUGCGGAGAGCAACCAGUUUCGGUUCCUGCUGCUGCAGCUUCUGGGCUUUCAUCUGCCUUGCGUGAUCUGCAAAUAUCAGGGAACAUGAGUGACGACAUGAAGGAGGUGGCCAACUGCGUCAGGAACGUUAUGUGCACAAAACCACUAGAGAGGAAGGUUAACGAUACUGCAUGCCAGACCGUUGGAGUUGUCAGUGUGGGUACUCAGACCACCCGGACGAUUAGCAUCGGGCUGCAAACGGAGAGUCCAAGAUCACUCUCUAGCAGUCUUCACCGAUCCUGGGCGUCGAGAGGCUCCUUACUAAUGCCAACCCAGAGUUCCCGUAGCAAACAACUCUCUUCGUCUCUGGAAAAGGUGCCAGCUAAGUUCGAGCGUCCUUGCUGUUCACCAAAAUACGGCUCUCCCAAGCUGCAGCGAAGAAGCUCGUCAAAAAUAGAUCACGCAAGGGAGAGAAGUCCGUGGGCCAUGUCCCACAGAGGGCAGAAUGAGUCAGCCUGGGCCAGGUCAACAACCACCAGGGAUAGUCCCGUGCUUAGUUCCAUCAACGAUGGUCUCUCCAGUUUGUUCAAUGUUGUUGAGCACCCAUCUGGAAGUGUUGACUCAAUUUGGAAAUCAAGCCAGCAUGAAGCGAAAACAAAAGGGGAUACAUCGAGGUAUGGGAUUGUUCAGGAGUUUUUCAGGAAUGUGUGUGGCAGAUCCCAGAGUCCAGCAAAUGGAGCGGACAAACCAAUAAAAGUCCCAGUCUCUGAUGAAAGUGUCAGAAAGCCUGAUUUGACCACUCCAUCAGGCCAUACACAAGUAGAAAAUGGGUCCCGUGGCAUUAACAAAAGGCUUCCCAAGCAACCAAGCAAAGAGGACCAAAAACCGCCAACACCCACUCCAGCCCAGGGACCUAAAGAUCCAGAUGCACGGGAUACUGGAGCUUCUGGUCUGUUUGAGGAAGCAUCAUGUGAUUGUACAUCCCAGUCACUCACCUCCUGCUUUCCGUCCAGAUCAUCAGCACGACAUUCGUUAUCGCAGUGUAAAUCACGCUCUUUGCCUUCAGAUCCAAAUGCCUCGGAUGAAAAAUCAGGCUGAGUAGUGAAUUGUGCCACGUAGCUGGGCAGUGACAUGGAUCCAUGUUCUGAAGCUAUUGUUGCACCUUGCGCUUUAUCUGACAGCCUAGGUGAAAUUUGAGGAGAUGUGUAGAAGAUAUUCAGGUUGUAUUGUCGAGUUCACUGUAGACUGCAAAAUUGAAACUAUAGAACAGAAGCAAACUAUUUGUUUUAAAUCUCAAAAAAAACCUUAGAGAUCUGGGGUUGCACUGUUUCGGUGGUUGAAUCAUUUUUACAAUAGCACUGCCGAGUUAUUCAUACAAUAGCAAAUGUUAAAUCAUGUAAUGACAUGUAAAUCCUUCACUUCUAUUGGCAAACAUUCUCCCAACAGCAUUGCUGUCAAACGACUCUCCUCUGUGACCUACAGAUGUGCAUGGAGCAAGAGGUGCAUAGAACCGAAAUCGCUUGUGCCACUGCACAAAUGUAUCCAACCAAGAAAUGAUUAAUUGCUGACGAAGUGUGUUCCAGAUUCCCUGUUCUGAAAUCUGGCAGAGUUUCCACCCACCAAUUGGACUGGACAUGAGUGCAGUUCGCAUAAGGAUUAUUAUAAAUGCCUGUGUAUGUCACCCCUGGCACCAUUGCUACUGAGUCAGAGAACAUAGAAGAUGAAUUGGAAGGGAAAACUAAGCAGGAGUGAUGUUAUGUGGGUCUCCUGUUACACCUGCUAUUUAUUGGAGUCAGCGCGACCGGAUAUCAAUACAUAACAAGUGGCCUGUUUUAUUCCACUGGCUUUGGCCUAGUGCUCAGCGUUUUUCUACCCCACAGUGUUUUUGUAAGGUAAUGGUCAACUCUUUUAAAGAAACAGAUUUUUAAACAUUCAUUAAAGACAGAGUGCAGUUCUGGUUCAAUAGAAAACUUUUCAUGACUGAAAGAACUUGUAAAUUGCAGGCUUCAGUCAUAGAUAAGCUCUUCACACAUUUUCUGAACAAAGUAUUUCAUCUAGAGGUGAUAAAUUGAUUGUGUUCAAAGAAUAAACACCCACAUUUCUUUUGUUUCAGAGUGUGGUAAACAAUUAGGAGUGAUAAUCCAUUGUUGUUUCUGCAGAUGUUACUCAUUUAAAUUGGCCUUUAUGAGCUCACAUGAGCCAGAAAUGGGUUGCGACUGGUAUUGGCAAAACAAGCACAUAACAAGUAGGAGUUGAGUUCUAUAUAUGUUCAAAUAAGGUGCCCCUAAUAUCCCCGUAGAUUAUUGUGUUACCCUAAAAAUGUUAAGGAAAACCUUUGCGGUCUAACAUUAACAUCAGAGAUUCUGCAAAUACUGUAAAUACAGAGCAGCACACACAAAAGUGCCGGAGGAAAUCAGUAGGUGAGUUACAUCUGAGUUGCUGUGGUCUAACAUUGGUUCUUACAGAAGCUACCACAGACUGCCACCUGAAAGAUAGGCUUUCAAUGUAUCGAUUUCAUUGCAAAAUCUAGUCCCCAAACCAUACCAAAAUAGUAUGGGCGACUCCUGGCCACUGUUGAGUCGUCUUCUCCUGUGAGUUGACUAAGAUCCGUAGCUCUUGCCUGUGUUCCACUCCUGGUCUCUGAUGAUUGCUUUCACAUGUAAUGUCCACCAUUUAUAGAAAGUUCCAGUUUGUAGGUCAUUGCUGCUUUUCUGGUUUCUUGUAACUUCUUGGGAGCCGCAGAGCUUCCAAAUAGCAUUGAUGUGAUGGAACAGCUUUUCUGGCCACUGUCUCACCACAUCAACGUUUCUGAGCGACUGAAGCCUCCAGUGAAGUUUACCAGAGUUCUGCCAUGGGGGAGGGGAGGGAAGGGGUUUUCAAUGGGUGCACUCCAGAAUUCAUGCGGUGAAGGGGGAGAUCAGUCCAGCCCUCCCGGAGUGUAGGGAGAAGUUGUGGGGAGACAGGUAUGGUAGUUGCUAAUAUAAAGCAGGUUUCUGCAAUGAUGCCAGAGGGCUGUGGCUUGGGGAGAUGGGUCUUUGAGGAAAUAAUAGCUGCACAUCAGGGAAUGGAGGGGACUAAUUGUUUAUUGUUUGGAUCAGGUAAGAGAAAUUCAGGAGAGUGUCUGGACAUUUGUAAGGUGGGGGGGGGGCAGUAGUACUCUUCAGUGGACCAGCUAUACAUGGGGGAGUGAUAGGGAUUGUUUCAUGGGACCAUUUAUACACUGGGGAAAAUGUGGUAGCAUUCAGUGGACCAGCUAUAUUUCUGGGAGGGAGGGGUGGACAAGAGGUGCUGCAGUGAAGAUUUGCAAGGCUCCAAGCAAGUUUACUUGCCAAAGGGUCUCUUUGCUGGCAGGAUCGUUUUGUCCCAGGAAACAUGUGAAGGGCAUAUUAAGGAUAACAUGGUCCACGUGAGGGGGAAAAACAUCAUCCCUUAAAGGAAAAUCAAAUUGGGGUCACAAGGGUUUCUCACAAUAAUAGUAAUUUACUCUGUGUUAAAUUGAUUUUCAAUCACAGAAUAUUUUUACCAGUCAGGUUUAUGUGAUCAAAUUUCAGCCAAACUUAACUCAUUCCAAUCAACCUCACCUUCCGAUUGGCACCAUUAAAAUUUCCUAUAUUAUUUUAUUUUUCUCUUUUCCAAUGCAAUCAAAUUUUGGCCUAGUUUAACUCAUUCCAAUCAACCUCCCCUUUUGGCACCAUUUAAAGUUUCCUAUUUGUCUUAUUUUCCAGUAGAAUUUCUAACCUUUCAUUCUUAUUAUCAUCUCCGGGUCUCAUUUACGUCCACUUUGCAGUUCCCUUCUUUGACAUUAACAUUAAUUUAGCUAAUCUAAUUCACCCCAUAAUUGUUCCUUGUUUUUCUGUUGUUCUUUGUUGUUUGAAAAUCGGUAUAGUUUAAAAUGCAGAUAGAGAGAACAAAGGGAAUGUCUUUGAUUCAGUGGGGACCGAGAGAGGAAAUUGAAAACUUAUAGCAGCUAUUUUGGUUGGUGGAGAUGUAAAUGAAGACAGGUAGAAGGAGAAUACAUAGAGCUGGAACUGUAGAAGGCAGUAUUUAGCAGCUAUUGGAAAUCAGAAAGAAAGAAUAUCCCAGUGAUUCUCUCCUCCGUCCUCAUCUUCUCCCAUUGUUUGCAGUCUGCACCAACAAUAUAGCUGUCCUUAAUAAGUGUUGGUUUUAAAGAAGGAAUAUCCCAGUGAUUCUCUCCUCCGUCCUCAUCUUCUCCCAUUGUUUGCAGUCUGCACCAACAAUAUAACUGUCCUUAAUAAGUGUUGGUUUUAAAGAAGGAAUAUCCCAGUGAUUCUCUCCUCCGUCCUCAUCUUCUCCCAUUGUUUGCAGUCUGCACCAACAAUAUAGCUGUCCUUAAUAAGUGUUGGUUUUAAAGAAGGAAUAUCCCAGUGAUUCUCUCCUCCGUCCUCAUCUUCUCCCAUUGUUUGCAGUCUCCACCAACAAUAUAACUGUCCUUAAUAAGUGUUGGUUUUAUUUUUUUCUUUUUGUCUUAUUGAGGCACAGCACAGAAUAGGUUCUUCCGGCCUUUUCAGCUGGACCACCCAGCAACCCUCAAUUUAACCCUCGCCUAAUCACGGAAUAAACCUACCAACUGCUACGUCUUUGCACUAUGGGAGUACACGGAGGAUUCCCACGCAGUCCUGGGGGAGAAUGUAAAACUCCGGACAGAUAGUGGCAGGAAUUGAACCCGGGUCGCCGGUACUGUAAAGCGUGGUACUAGCCACUAUGCUCCCCCACACAAUUACUGACAUUCCCUUAUUUCUCACAACCUGUUCUUUACUUUGGAAUUUGGAACAUAGCUGUUUUCUAACUUUUCCUUGUUCUGAUGAGGGAUCAUUAAGCUUCUCUCUCUCGGUACUUGUUUUAAUUUCAGCAUUCAUGCAUUUCAGAUUUUAUUGUGGCCACUGUUCAUUUUCUUUUUGGUUUCUCCCACUCUGUCUCUUUGUUUGCUGCUUUUGCCCACUAUAUUUUCUACUUUGUCUCUCCAGUGUUUGGCUGACCUUCAGAAUGUUUUCCUAUUCAUCCAUUUUCAUUAGCCCUCCUGGUUGGUGCCUCUGUUGUUUGAAUAUACAAGUCGUUCUCUACUGCUUCCCUGCCCCAUCCCCAACUUACACUAACACAUCCCCGUUCUUCUCCUUUUCACAGAACUGUCUCCCUACCAGCAUUGUCAGCAGCUGCCUUGGUGUUGUCCCGCUGUUUGAUUUUCUCUUUUGUUGACUUCGUUUAGGUCACUUCGACAGUUUUCUUUUCACUCUGAGUUACUCGAGUUGUUGUCAUUCUAAUCAUCUGUGUUUUUUUUUUGGUUGGCUUUCCAUUAUGGUUUCCUUUUAUUUCUUUCUCUAAAUUACUUCAUAUUAAAUUGUCUGCCUUUCUUAACUCAUCUACGUUGGAUUUCUCUUUGUUUCCUCUACUGUAGCCCUCCCCCCACCCAGUCUCUUAUUGAUUAUCCUUCUGAUCUGACCCCCUUGCCACUAUCUUCUCAUUCUCUGUAUUCCCCUCGUCUUUCCACUGCUUUGUUUCUAGUUGUUUUACAAAGCUGGCUUCAUUUAUCUUAGUUCUUAUGGAAUGACCUCUGCUGGUUUUCUGAACUGUUCACACUGAACUAGCUUUUUCUCCAAGCUUUCUAUAAAGCUCAGUUCUGUCAAUGCAUUUUACAUGUUUGUUCAUUGUCUUCACUUGCUACUGUUUCUCCCGUUGAUAAUCCUUGCCAUUAUCUUCACCACUCUGCUUUGUGAGCAUCUCUUAAACAGACUAACUGGAAAUUGUCUGGUUCUUCCUUAAGUACUUGCUUCCCCUUGCACUGUAUGCUGUCAUUGGGACCAAUUGUCACCUCACCCUUGAGCUCUUGGAAGGAAGUGGUAAAGGCAUGGUAUCUGGGUUGCAGAAGCAAUUGUGGAACAACUUUCCUGGCAGAUUUGAAACAAGGGGAUUGCUUCUCCAAACCUAGAAUGAAAUGAAAUGUUUACAGAUCAGUCCUCCCACAACAAGGGUUCUGAAAACUCUGUAGAGCAAUAAUUUCCUUUCAUUUUCAAUAAUUGUAUUCCCAUUAUCCUGUCACUUGUCACUUCCCAAAAAAUCUCCCAGGUUUCAUACCACCUGUAAUGAAUCUUGUCUCUUAUCCAAGUUACUAUCAGAGCUCCCUUCUACCCAGCGCGUAUCCCACACAUUUUUCUCCAUUCUAUUAAUAUUAAUCCUUCCAAUUUUACUCUUUCUUGCAUCUUCCCCUUUUCUCCUCUUUGCCCGGAUUUUUCAUUGCCCAUUAACAUUUUAUUGUCUUCAUUAUCCUUUUCUACCUCGUUCUCCCUGCUUGCUUUCCUUUGCAAAAGGAUCUCGCAUCUCAAUACUCCGGUCUCUACCUUCUAGCUGCCAGUGUAGGUAAUUAAUAUCAGAUAGGUUACUGGUUAUUCUCUUCAAUUUAAUAUGUGAUUUUAAUGUAGUAUGUAACCUAGCCAGUGAUUAAAAUAUUCAUUUUGUUCCCUACUUUACACAAAUAAAUGACUUAUCAUAAUACUAUAAUUUCACAAUGAUGCUUGGCACUGCCUAAUCUAGAUCUAGUUAUCACAUUAAAUAUUUUAAAAAUAUCAUGCAUGAAGAUAACAUGGACAUUUACUAUUGUUCAUAAGUAUGUUCACUAAUAAAUCAAAGGCUGAUCUUUCAGUUGGAUGGUGCUACAUCCAAUUGAGAAUGGACUUAUUUCAACUAGUCACACAAACUAGUCAUUCAAAUUUUAUUUCAGAGUAUCAGAUCGCUUUUAAGGCCAAGUGUUCAAAGCUUAAUGUAAAAGAGCAGUUAAUUUUGACAACCACUGUAAUUUAAAACAAUUUCACCUCAAUAAAUCAGAGUUAACAAUCCAACAGUAUUUACUAAUCAGUUUUUUAAAAAUCAAUUUCAAAUUUGUCCCUUUGUAAAUUUUACAUUAUACAGUGAUUCCAUGUUUUCCGAUUGAGAUUGAUCAGGAUUCAGAAAUGUAGUUGGAUUAGACAGCUGUGAUUUGAGUGACUGUAGGAAGAGUACAAACACAAAUACUCUUCUCAAAGCAGUAAGACAUUGUUACCUGCUCUUACCAUUCUUUAUUUACUUGAUAAAAGGUUAUUAAUGUAUAUCAGUUUUAUAAGCUUCAAUGUUUUCUAAGUCUUUGUCAUGUGUACAUAUGAAAACUAUUUUAAACUCCAGAAAACCUGAUUAUCAUUUACAAUCGUCGAUGUAUUUAUGUUUUUUUAAUAUUAGUUUUUAAUUUUUUGUAAUGUAAGACUAGAUUUUUAAAUGUUUGUUUUUAGGUGAUCUUUUAAUAUAAGAAAGUUCAGCAUAUGUUUGUAAAAAAAUGCCUUUUAAUUAUUUAUACUGUUCAUAGGAAAAUAAAUUGUGUAUAAUAAUUGAAAGAAAAACAUAUCUAGGUAUUUGUACUUCAUAUAUCCAUUAUUCAAUACAGGGGAAGAAGUGGACAUGUUGGUAUAACCAAAAUGGCUUUUGAGUGGACUCUUCAGGUUUUACAUCAUUGCAAAUGUGUAUUGAGAUGCAUACCAAUUAUUAUUUAUGUAGCAUUUACUGGGAGAUCAGAAACUGAAAUGCUGUUCUGUACAUUUGAGUUUACAUUCUGUACACAAUUUUGUAUUUUUUGAAACUGUAUAGUACAAACUGUGACUUUUAAUAUGAAAUAGAAACUGUUUUACGAGCUUAACAUCUUUGUAUAUCUUGAAAUGAAGAGAAAGGUUUAUAGGACCAUUUUGUUUGUAAUAGUAUUUAUCCCAAAAGGACAAAUAAGUGGCAUUGGUUACAAAUGUGGAGGAGUCAUUGCUAUAAUUGGUCAAAGGUAAUACCAAAAAAAUCUUAAUUUACUGUCAGGUGUAUUUCAUUGAAGACCUACUCAAUGGCCAUUCUGGGACGCCAGUGUUUUAACAGUCUUUGUAUGAUGGUAUAACAAUUUACCUGCAUGUUUUUGCUUGCAAUGUCCAGAAUACUGAAACCCUGUCAUCUCCUUGAAACAACAUUGAACUCAACAAUAUGGACAAUAUGGAGAGCUGUUGUUAAAAUAACUUCCAAAAUCUGUCAAUUUGUGGUAAAUUAUUUAAACAGAAAGGGGCUUGUUUACAGAAACAAGUUAAAACUAAUUUAACAGCUUAGUGUAAGUUCAAAAAGCAUUGUGACAUAACAUUGUUAUGUAUUAAUUGUUGUAUUCUCUGUGAAAUUUGUGGUUAAUGUUAUUUUGAUGUCUUGGAGAAAACAUCAAAUAAGCAUUCUUUAAAAAGGAAAGAUAACUUUUAAUCCACAUAUUUUGGAAUAGAAUUUGAAGAUGAUUGCUUUGUAGCCAUUGAUAAUUUUGGUCACAAAGAGAAUGCUAAAGUCAAGGAGUUCACAGUGCAAAACUUAUGUAAUGUGUUUUC